GGCCGGAGCCGGAACUCUGGCUACGUCACAUCCGGGCGUCUGCGCAGCGACGUCGAAGCCUAACCCUCUUCUCUCCGCCGCUUCGACACGCACCGCGCCCCCUCCAGCUGAACCCCGGGGCCGUCGGUCUCCAAGACACGUCCAACCACUCGGUGGCUGAUACCUGCUGGGACCCGUAACUGUCUGCGGAGAGGGAAUGCUGGGAUUGGUAGUUUCAGGCGCGGCCAAAUUCACCUCGCGGGCAACCGACGGAAGACUGCGAAGUGGGUAACUAGGCACCGCCUGGUUUCUCGUUCCGACCUUGUUAAGCACUCUCCCAACAUCUUCAGAGAAGAGGACAAGGAUGUGUGGUCUAGAGCCUGCUGUAACCACAUGUGGCAAUUAUGGAAUGAGCCAGUUUAAAUAUCAGUUUGGGUCUGGAGGAAUGAGUCAGCAGUUAAAGGACACCAUGAAGCAGCUGCCAGUCUUGGAACCUGGAGUCAAGCCCAGGAAAGCAACAUGGUACACCUUGACUCCCCCUGGAGACAGUCCCUGUCCUCGAGUUGGCCACAGCUGCCUGUAUUUACCCCCAGUUGGUGAUGCCAAGACAGGGAAGGUCUUCAUUGUUGGAGGAGCAAAUCCAAACCAAAGCUUCUCAGAUGUACACACUAUGGAUCUGGGUACACACGAAUGGAAUUCAGCCUCAUGGGAGGGUCUCCUGCCCCGGUAUGAGCAUGCCAGUUUCAUUCCCUCCUGUACACCUCACAGCAUCUGGGUAUUUGGAGGUGCCGACCAGUCUGGAAAUCGAAAUUGUCUACAGGUUCUGAAUCCUGAAACUAGGAUUUGGACCACACCAGAAGUGACCACACCACCACCAUCCCCAAGAACAUUCCACACAUCAUCAGCGGCCAUCGGAAACCAGCUCUAUGUCUUUGGGGGUGGAGAAAGAGGUGCUCAGCCUGUGCAGGAUGUGAAGCUGCAUGUGUUUGAUGCAGACACUCUGACCUGGUCCCAGCCAGAGACACUUGGAAAUCCUCCAUCUCCCCGGCAUGGUCAUGUGAUGGUGGCAGCAGGGACAAAGAUCUUCAUUCAUGGAGGCUUGGCCGGGGACAAAUUCUUUGAUGAUCUCCAUUGCAUUGAUAUAAGUGACAUGAAAUGGCUGAAGCUUAGUCCCACUGGGGCUGCUCCAGAAGGCUGUGCUGCUCACUCGGCUGUGGCUGUGGGAAAGCAUGUGUAUGUAUUUGGGGGAAUGACUCCCACAGGAGCCCUGGACACUAUGUACCAGUAUCACACAGAAAAACAGCAUUGGACUUUGCUUCAGUUUGACACUUUCUUACCUGCUGGACGAUUGGACCAUUCCAUGUGUAUCAUUCCAUGGCCAGUGACAGCUGCCUCUGAGAAAGAAGACUUAGACUCUGUCACUCUAAACUGUGAAGCUGAGAAAGGGGACUCCACUGGUACAGGAGUGACCCAUGUUGGUGACUUGCAAGAGAAGAAUCAGACUGACACACUACUCUGUUUUGUGUUUGGUGGAAUGAAUACAGAAGGGGAAAUCUAUGACGACUGUAUUGUGACUGUAGUUGACUAAUAAACCCAUUUCUUAUUACUCUUAA